AUGGGGAAUGUCUUAGCUAUUAUCAGCUCUCAUAAGUAUUAUCCUUUACUACUAAUUUAAAUGAUUAAAUUCAUUUUUGAAAAUCAUCUAGUCCUCAGUCAUUAGGCAAAAUACAAAUUCGAAGAUUAAAGAAAACACAUCGACAAGACUAUUUUCUUGUGUAAAUCUAAUGAAUAAAUCCAUACUAGAAAUAUUUAUAGUUCUGAUUCUACAUUAUUAAAAAUAUAUUAAAAAAGAUGUUCAUUGUAGCAUUCUAAUUUAUUAUAAUAUUAUGCAAGCAUACAAAGAUAACCUACAUUUUGUGGAAGCUUAGAAACCUAAAACUUUUUCUUUGAAUAUGUUCCAUAAACUUUAUCAAAAGUUUGAGAUAAAAGAGAGAGACCAUUUUUAGAAAUUGAUAUUUGGAAAGGAAAAUUAUAUUGAAUAAAUUAAAGUAUAAGAAUAAAUGGUAGAUAUUUCAUAUCACUUGGAGGAUAACUAAUAUUUUAAUGACAACAUAAAUUUGAAAAAUAUUUUUGUUAAAGAAAAUAACACAAUAAAAAUUUUAGAUUAAUUAAAUUAAUAACUAACUGACUACUUAUUAAAAUCAGAUUUUUAUGAUUUGGUUGAAUCCAUCGUUGAGCUUAUGACAAAAAACAGUAAAUAAUUAUUAUUAUAUUUUAGAAUUAAAUAAAGAUAUAAACAACUCUAAAAUCUUUAAGGAAUUAAUAUUCAACAUAAUUAUUAACUGCAGUAUUAAAUAAUCAUCCUGA